CUCAAAAGCUGUCCCCCAGCCACAGGAGGAAAGAGGACCUUUUCUGCUGAGUCUGUCUAGAGAACACCACGCCGUCACAGCUCAGCACAGCCCGGAGAGAAAGCUGACCAGUGCUGACCAGCUCUGGAGCCCGGCAAUGGCCCUGCCCCACCCAUACCUGGCCUGACAAGGCCUCAGUGGGGAAGGGUCCCGACUGGGACCCAGAAGAGAAGGCUGGCAGGCUUGCUGGAGAACAAUGAAAAGGAGGAAACUCUGUGAUUGAACCUCAAGCCAGAAGCCAGCCAGAAGGUGGACCAUAUUCUACCAGACACUCGGGCCGGCCGUGACCCUUGGUUGGGAGAAGCCUGGGGAUAUUUCUGCCUUGGAAGCCCGUUGGGGAACACUGAGGGGUUCCAGCUCCCCCGGGCGGGCUGCGGUACAAAUGCUGGAUGACAGAGCCAGGAUGGAGAUCGCCAAGAAGGAAAAGGUGGAACAGAUCCUGGCGGAGUUCCAGCUGCAGGAGGAAGACUUGAAGAAGGUGAUGAGGCGGAUGCAGAAGGAGAUGGACCGAGGCCUGAGGCUGGAGACACACGAGGAGGCCAGUGUGAAGAUGCUGCCCACCUACGUGCGCUCUACCCCGGAAGGCUCAGAAGUCGGGGACUUCCUCUCCCUGGACCUGGGCGGCACCAACUUCAGGGUGAUGCUUGUGAAGGUGGGGGAAGGGGAGGAGGGACAGUGGAGUGUGAAAACCAAGCACCAGAUGUACUCCAUCCCCGAGGACGCCAUGACGGGCACUGCUGAGAUGCUCUUUGACUACAUCUCUGAGUGCAUCUCCGACUUCCUGGACAAGCAUCAGAUGAAGCACAAGAAGCUACCCUUGGGCUUCACCUUCUCCUUUCCUGUGAGGCACGAAGACAUCGACAAGGGCAUCCUUCUCAACUGGACCAAGGGCUUCAAGGCCUCAGGAGCAGAAGGGAACAACAUCGUGGGGCUCCUGCGAGAUGCCAUCAAACGGAGAGGGGACUUUGAGAUGGACGUGGUGGCGAUGGUGAACGACACUGUGGCCACGAUGAUCUCCUGCUACUAUGAAGACCGCCGGUGUGAGGUUGGCAUGAUUGUGGGCACGGGCUGCAACGCCUGCUACAUGGAGGAGAUGCAGAACGUGGAGCUGGUGGAAGGGGACGAGGGCCGCAUGUGUGUCAACACCGAGUGGGGUGCCUUCGGGGAAUCGGGCGAGCUGGACGGGUUCCUGCUGGAGUACGACCGUGUGGUGGACGAGAACUCCCUGAACCCCGGCCAGCAGCUGUACGAGAAGCUCAUCGGCGGCAAGUACAUGGGCGAGCUGGUGCGGCUCGUGCUGCUGAAGCUUGUGGACGAGAACCUGCUCUUCCACGGGGAGGCCUCGGAGAAGCUGCGCACGCGCGGCGCCUUCGAGACACGCUUCGUGUCGCAGGUGGAGAGUGACUCGGGCGACCGCAAGCAGAUCUACAACAUCCUGAGCACGCUGGGGCUGAGGCCGUCGGCCACCGACUGCGACAUCGUGCGCCGCGCCUGCGAGAGCGUGUCCACCCGCGCCGCGCGCAUGUGCGCCGCGGGGCUGGCGGGCGUCAUCAACCGCAUGCGCGAGAGCCGCAGCGAGGACGUGAUGCGCAUCACCGUGGGCGUGGACGGCUCGGUGUACAAGCUGCACCCCAGCUUCAAGGAGCGGUUCCACGCCAGCGUGCGCAGGCUGACGCCCAGCUGUGAAAUCACCUUCAUCGAGUCGGAGGAGGGCAGCGGCCGGGGUGCGGCCUUGAUCUCCGCGGUGGCCUGUAAGAAGGCCUGCAUGCUGGGCCAGUGAGAAUAAAGGCUGCAAGGCAAGGAGGAGGCUGUGGCCGCUACUAGACCUGGACUCCAGGGGACACACUUCCUACAGGUCCCCCCAACCUGGUCCAGUCAAGAGGCUUCUCCUUGUAAGGACCUUGGAUGCCUCCCAUCCCCGCUGUCACCCCAGGAGAUGGGGAAAGCUUCUCUGGGUAUGCGGUGAGGCCCUGAGCAGGCCUCUUCUCUCAGGGUCAGUUGGUAGGAUAGCCCUAGGGCCCUGACUGGGUUGGGGGCUGAGAUGAACAGGAAUGGAGAACCCCCGAAGUACCUCACCUUUCUUGCUGCAAUCAGGGGCCCAGAAGGGAGUUACUAACUCAGGAUUUUGUUGCAUUUCUGCACUGCUUGCCUCUUGGAGCUUUCAGCCUGGCUCAGCCCUUGCUCUGGGAAGGGGGUGCCCUCUGGACCCUACUAUGGCCUGGUUUCCCUGGGAACCCAGCCCACAUAGGGAGGCAGCCCUCAUGACCUGGCCAGACCUAGACCUGGGCUCCACAGGGGGCCCCGGGGAGCUGCAGAUCACCCAGGCCUGGGAAAUGGAAGGGACCAGCUCCAUGUUGGAGGCUGUGGGUACCCCGAGGCCUGGAGAUGGCAGCCUUUUCCCUCCCAUCCUGCCAUCCCUGAGUGGUUUCUGGUUCGGGGAUGGACCCUCACAGGAGGUGCAAGAGACAGAGUCUCCAAAGCCCCUGCCCAGAGGGGCCCAGGAAGGGGAGGAGUCCCCCUACCCACAGACAGGCCUGGGAGCAUCUCCGGGAUCGAGUCCUCAGCUCCCACGGCGCUGGGCACUCAGAAACCCCAGCAGCACUCAGCACACCCCCAAGGGACAACCCAGGCCUCUUUCUUCUCACCAGACCUCCAUGUACCACACCAACCUCUCCAUGCCCAACCUGGGACUGUGUGGGUUUUUUUAAUUAAAAGUUUUAAAAGUUUAGAACAUGA